AUGGAUCAAUAUGACGUGAUUAAAGCCAUUGGGGAAGGUGCCUUUGGGAAAGUGUACUUGGCCAAAAGGAAAUCGGAUAGUGAGCACUGUGUUAUAAAAGAGAUCAAUUUUGAAAAGAUGCCCAUCCAAGAAAAAGAAGCUUCCAAGAAAGAAGUCAUUCUUCUGGCAAAGAUGAAACAUCCCAACAUUGUAACCUUCUUCAGUUCAUUUCAAGAGAACAACAGACUGUUUAUUGUGAUGGAGUAUUGUGAUGGUGGGGAUCUCAUGAAAAGGAUCAGAAGACAACGGGGAGUGUUAUUUAGUGAAGAUCAGAUUCUGAGCUGGUUUGUACAGAUUUCUCUAGGACUGAAACAUAUUCACGACAGGAAGGUUUUACACAGGGACAUAAAAACACAGAACAUUUUUCUUAGCAAGAGCGGAAUGGUUGCAAAGCUUGGGGACUUUGGUAUUGCAAGGGUCUUGAACAAUACCAUGGAACUUGCUAGAACUUGUGUUGGAACACCUUACUACCUGUCCCCAGAGAUCUGUCAGAAUAAACCCUACAACAAUAAAACGGAUAUUUGGUCUCUUGGCUGUGUCUUAUAUGAGCUCUGCACACUCAGACAUCCUUUUGAGGCUAACAACUUACAGCAGCUGGUUCUGAAGAUUUGUCAAGCUCAUGUUCCUCCGAUAUCGCCACGGUUUUCCCGUGACCUACAGUUCUUAAUAUCCCAGCUCUUUGAAGUAUCUCCCCGAGAUCGGCCAUCCAUCAAUUCCAUUUUGAAAAGGCCUUUUUUAGAGAAUCUUAUUGCCAAAUACUUGACUCCCGAGGUCAUUUACGAAGAAUUCAGUCACCCACUCUUACAUAAAGCAAGACCAUCUGCUUCUCAACCUGCUGGGAAGGUGGCCCCUGAUUCUAAAAUACAGAAAGUGAGAUUCCAGGAAAAGUGCCUACCAAGAUCAAGGAUAACAGUGCCAAAUAAGAGGAAGGAUGUAUUACAUAGAAAUGAAUGCAGACCGCCAGCUGGAGCCCAGACACCCAUAUCUGUAAAAAUGGUAGAAAGGCCCAAACUUGCUGCUGUGUGUGGCCAUUAUGAUCAUUUUUAUGCUCAACUUGACUUGUUGAGGAAGAGAGCGCACAGACCAAAUUACCGCCUUGUUCCUCAGAAAGAUAGCAGAGUUGAGGAGAGGUAUGAUGAGGAAGAAAGCCACAGCCCACCUCCAGGUCAAUGGCUUGCUGAAUACCUUCAGAGGAAAUGUGAAGCUCAACAAUAUAAGCUGAAAGUGGAAAAGCAAUUGGGUCUUCGUCCGUCUUCUGCUGAGCCAAAUUACAACCAGAGACAAAAGCUGAGAAGUGAUGGGGAAGGACCUAGAUUCUGGGAGCUGCAGUUCAGGAGAAAUGAAAUGAAGGAACAGGAAUAUUGGAAGCAGUUAGAGGAAAUACGCCAACAAUAUCACCAUGACAUGAAGGAAAUUAGAAAGAAGAUGGGGUGUGAACUGGAGGAGGACUCAAAAAUGAGCUGGAAAACCUACUUGGUGAAGAAGAGUGACCUGCCCAUUCCCCAUGAAGCACCUGAGGAAGAAGCACAUGUGCAGGAUAUUGAAAGAGACUUAAAACAAAUUAAACCUCAGAACAUAAAGGGAAGUAAAAGUUCGGAACAAAAACAUAAAGCUCAGAGAGGGGUAAAAUUUGAGAUUAAUUUAGAUGAAUGCAUUUCUGAUGAAAACACCCUCCAAGAGGAAGAGGCAGUGGAUAUGCUGAAUGAAACGUUGACCUCUGAGGAUGGCAUGAAGUUCUUGGAACAUAAAUGUAUGAAGGCGCAGGAAGAUUAUACAGACAAAGCAUUUGAAAACCUCUGUUGCCCAGAAGCAGAGUUGUGCGUUCCGGAUGCCAUGGCUGCAGGGCACAGGAGACAGUGGGCCCCAGGAGCCCCUCAGACUCUGCCGCAAAUGAUGGCCUCGGCCGAUGUCACCUCCACCUGCUCCACCUGCUCCACCAUGCCCGAGGACGGCCGAGUGAUUGAGAUUGAAGGCGGUCCAGAAAACAGGAGACGGUGGCGGCGAGAAGCCCCGGGAACUUUACUGAGUGUUUUGGCAGCAGCACAGCUAACCAGCAGCUCACUUUCUGUCAACGAUGCAGAAUGUGGGCCAGGGUCCUUGAGUAGAUGGAUGGGACCACUGAAAGAUGAGGGGAAGGUGGAAGUGGCCUCUGACAUUGAAGUAGAUGCAGAACAACCAGAUCCAAGGUCUGAUGACGAUGAUACAAAUUUUGAAGAAUCUGAAGAUGAAUUGAGAAAUGAAGUAGUAGAAUCUCUGGAAAAACUGGCUACUUUCAGUGAGGCAGAAAAAAGAGAAGAGGUUUCUAGUUCUUCUAAAGAUGCUGGAAACUUAGAAAAAACAGAGGGGAUAGGCAUGCAGAAAUAUUCAGAAUUAAAUGAAGGUUUGGAGAGUAUUUUUAUUCCAUCUGAUGACAAAAUUUGUGUUGGUGAUGAAGAUCAAGGAAUAUCAACCACCAGUCAAAAUAUUCAACUGUGACUGUUGAGCUUUUUUUUAAAUGAUGUUUGUGUGUGUUAUAGUGUCUCUUUGGGAACAAGUCAUAAAUAUUCAUUUAUUGUAAGGGUUUUCCAGUAAUCCCAAUGCUUUAUUAGUUUUUCUCUCAAUUUAGACAGUAGGACUAACUUUUGAAUGUAGAAAUUCCUAUUUUUCCUUUAACAUUCCUAUUAAGAAAUCUUUUGGAUUAUGUAUGUGGUUGGCAUAGUAACGUGACUCCCCCCCAACCCCAAGCACACCCAAAGAUGUGAAUAUUUUACCUGGCAAAGGGGAAUUCACACUGUAGGUGGAAUUAAGAUUCCUAACCAGCUGACCUUAAAUAGGGAGGUUAUCUUGGAUUAUUCAGGUGGGCUAAGUGUCAGCACAAGAGUCUCUGAAGGUGGAAGAGGAAGCAAACCAGAGAGGUGGCACCUGAGGGGAUUCAGCUUGAUACUGCUGGCUUUGAAGAUGGAAGAAGGGGCUGCAAACCAAGGAAUGUAG